ACAACGACGACUCGCGCGAGGAUAGAUGUCUGUGAUUGUUUGUUAUCAAUGCAUGUCUAUCGUAGCCUGUGACUUUCAUUGAUCUUUUUGCUCCUUCUCGCUGAAGACGGCGCAAGGCGAGAAAUAUUGCACCUCGAAAAGACUGUGCGUUUGUUUAUAGAAGAGAAGGGUGAGGAAAAAAAAAGUGAUAACCGGAGUAGCGCGACUUCGACAGAAACGAGAACAUAAAAACGCGGAAAUAACGUGAGAAUAUUGGAUCCUGAUACUUAUUUCUUGUCAAUUGCAUCACGCCGAUCACGCCGAUGCUCAAUGACAGAUAAACGAAGCUCGAUCCAUGAACGUGUUGAGGUCGCCUGCGACACGUUGGUGAACAGACACGGAGGACAAGUGAAUGUCGCAGACGCCUCUUAGCAGUUUCAGCUGACUCCUUGAGAGGAUCAGCACGUUCUACUGAUUCUUUACUCUAACAUCAUACAGCAUGACAAUGCACCUUUAAGAUAGAAGAUGAACUUUACCAGUAUCAUUGACAAUAAGUUUAUAACAGACAAUGAGUAAUAUACAUCAAAAACUGAUAGAACGUAUCUAUUCAAAAUAUAUGAUCAGUGGGACUUGGGAUCGAUCCCGACGAGCAGGAGAGUUGCAAGUUGAAGGAAAUGUUCAAGAAGGAUCGUGCAUAAUUCUUACAUCGACAAGAAAUCAUUGUAGAUUAACGAUGGAUCUCUGAAUCCGCUGCAGUGACUUCCUGAUGCACUUCUGGCUCAACAAACCGCCGGGCAGGUUCGGUGGCCGAUAUCCCGCCACACCUAUGCCCAAAUCACACAGUCAAUGUCGGCGCAGCGGCCAACAUAGGCAAAUGGUGAGUGCUGUGCAUCAAUUCCAGGGCCUUGCAGGUAAUCUCGCAGCCGGAAACGCAUCUCCAGCCGGACCUAGUAAUGUCAAUAACUCCUGUCGGAGCUUCGCUCGUUCGACGACGUCUGCGCGAAUCCAUAACAACGAGAACCAUCAUCACGGUUCGUCAUCGCUCAGCACCGUUCAACUCGCUCAGCUGAACAACAUCCCCAACAAUGUCACCGACGCUAGCAACAAUCAACUAAUUCUGUCUAAUACGACCGGCGUGAAUGGUACAGAACGAAAUAGAAGCCUAUUGACAGGAAGCGUUUUUGAAUUACGGCAGGCUGAGUUGGCCGGCUUCCGACUGCGCUGUGGGAUUUGGUCUACCUUUGCUUUAGCAACAGUCUUUGUAGCGGCUGCUAAAUUCUAUUUCGGUUAUCGGGGGCCUGGCCUGGAGAUACUCGUAUUUUGCGGACUACUGAUAUUUCUAUUGUCCGCUUGUUUAUAUUCGAUCUUCUGCAAGUACACUCAUGAAAGAAAUUACCAUCAUAGUAGUCGGUCAGAACAUAAUGCUCGUAUACAGGAGGAUCAUAUCGUUGCCCUGACAAACGCGUCCAGCAUCGGCGACAGCAUUGUCAGUAGAGCGACGGCGACAGUGCCGACGACGACGGUGAGGCAGCCGCCUCCACCACCUUAUCACAUCGCUAUCCUGAUACCACCGCCAUCACAGCCGCCACUUGCAUCUUCGGACGAAGCGCCGCCACCCUCUUAUGACAAGGUCAUGCGAUGAAAUCGCCAACGCGGCGUAAGAUCUAGAACUUGUUUAAGAAUUCUUCCUUUGACAUGUUUAUGUCCGCUACGUAAGGCAGCACAAAUCAAUUCUCUAGGUUUAAGCAACAUUGACGUCUGUGAUAAGAGCGCAAUGAUGAUGACACAUCGACAACACAUCGGGGAUGAUUCGGGGAAAGAAAAGAUUCACGCGGCGAUAUUUUUUAGCGGGCAUUACCGAGAGCCGCGCUCCGCCAAUGAAUUUCCGUUUGGUCGAGUAAAAUGUAUUAUAUUCUAAUCUUUUUAUACUUUACUAUAUGAAGCUAUGUGAUAUAUUUAACUUAGGUUUAGCUGCAACGCAGCGCGUUGCUGGAUACUUGGUCCAUUCAUUUAUUCUUCCAGUUAGGACUUCCGCGAGGCGACCGCUCACAUUCGGACGCGAUUCUUUGAUAUGUAUAAUUCCAAGAAUUCACUCAAUUAUGUUCGAUUACUUAAUUGUCUUCAUAAUCUUAUAGAACGAUAUACAAAGGUAACUCUUGUUACACAU